AUGUGGUGGAAUGACCUAGGAAAGGGUAGCAGAGAAACGGUGGUAAAGAUUCAGGGCGGUCUCGUCGGGUUAUUGAAUAUCAAGCCAAGGCUGGAUAUUAUUGAAGCAUUGAUACCUUUUUGGGACCCAACUCGCAACGUGUUCCGGUUCUCGGACUUCGAGCUUACACCUACCUUAGAGGAGAUGGCGGGAUAUGCGGGUCUGAACGGAAACCUCAGGGGUCGAUAUCCAUUGGCACCGAGACCGGUAACCCUCCACAGAUUUCUGGACUUAUUGAGUGAUAGCCGAGAUAUUCAGGAUAAGAAUCUAUCAGAAGGAUAUUGCACUCUCCACUUCUUGUACCAUCGAUGUGGCAACCCGCAAGGUUUUGAGGAGCCCAAUACUGGUUUAACACACGCUGGAAACAAAGAUAAGUGGGAGGCACGCAGGGGUUUGGCCUUCAUGGUAGCUUUUUUGGGAGUCGUGAUUUGCCCACGAAAAGAUGGUCACAUAGAUAUUGGCCUCGUGGGAAUACUAGAUGUUGCAAUAAAGAAGUCCAACAGCACGGUGGUCCCUCUGAUUGUGGCUGAGAUAUAUCGAGCCCUAACCAUGUGCCGAGAAGGGGAAAAAUUCUUUCAAGGAUGCAAUUUGUUGCUACAACUAUGGAUACAAGAGCACCUAUGCCACCGGACUGGGUACAUGAACUAUGGUUUAACCGGGUUGAGUUGUAUUGAAGAAUUUAAAACCAGGGUAACAGGUAUUGAGUUCCUAGAGGGUACCGAGGCUUGGUUGUCAUGUUUGAGAUCUUUGACUGCUGACAAAAUUGAGUGGGCUUUCGGAUGGCUUCCCGUUGCUGAGGCAGUAUAUACAUCAGCUGAAGUGCCUUAUAUUCUUUUGAUGGGCAUUCGGAGCAUCCAACCUUAUGCUCCCCACCGGGUCUUGCGGCAAUUGGGAAGAUUCCAAACUGUUCAUAACGAUGAAGAUCUGAGCAAACAAAUCAUUGAAUUAGGCCCCAAAGAUGCCUUUCCCGAGGGGAAGAUUCGCAAAAUAUGGAAUGAGUGUAGGUUUCUUGAACCUAAGACCAUAGUGCGAGAUCGGGCUAGAGGUGAAGUGGACCCGAAAUACAUGAUUUGGUUUGGAAAAAGAUUCCAGAUUUCUGAAAGACCCGCAAAGAGGCCACAUGUACAACAAUUUACUGACGGGACCCAGGUACAAUGGGAUUGGCUAGCCAAGGAUAAGGAAUACCGGGCUAGAAUAGGGAAGUUGGAGCAACAGGUCCAAGAUCUUCAAUUUGAAAAGAGUGUGCAAGCCGCAACUGAUGGGGGAGACAAAAAGAAAUUAACUCAAGAAAAUGAGGUUCUUAAGGCUCAGAUCCGACAAAUGAAAAUAGCUGCUAAAAAUCAAGAAAGAAGUCGGUACGAUGAAAGGUUGAUAAACGGGCUGAAAAAGCAAGUCUUAGAGUGCCAGGAAGAGUUGGAGAAAUCUGAGGGGAAUAUAGCAAAAAUCCGGGCACAGUGGGCAAAAAAACAGAGGAGAGGGCCCAAUUUGUGCAGCAGAUGA